UAUAGCCUCUCUCGGUUCCCUUCCCCUCUCUUUCUUGAGAACCCUCCUCUUCGUCUGGGUUCUUGCAAAGCUGUUCGACCGGGGCGAGAUGGAGGACAAGCGGAAGGCCGCCGACGACGACAUCAACCGGGCAACUAAGCAGCCGCGUGCAACGCCGAAGGAGACUACAGCCAGCGGCGACAUUGCCGGGACUUCGGAGCAGCCUGCAGACGGCUAUUUGCAGCCGCUUCCACCAGCCUUCGCUGUAGGCCUCCCGGCCGAUCCCUCUUCUCAGCUCGGUGCAGCAGCUCGCAGUCGAGGUGGUGGUGGGUGGAGGGCGCCGCCGCCGCCGGCAAUCUUGCCGCGGCUUCGCAAUCCAGCCGAUGCGCCGCUGCGGGCCUGCCGUUCUUGCUAUACUCCCACACCGUGGGUUUGGCCUUUCCGGAAUAGAACAACGGGGCUUCUGGUCCCGGUGCCCUUGUGCCAGGAUUGCUACCGCAAUCGCUUCACCGGCAACAGGACUCCGCAGCACGCGCAGAUCAGCAACGUGCCUCGGAGUUCCGGGGUGAUCCGUGCGGCGCUGGAGCAGCAGUCUUCUUCACGGGCAAGGGAGCAGCAGCCUUCUUUACGGGCUGAGCUUGAAGCGCUGGAUGCAGCGAUACUGGUGGCGCAGAAUAUUCUGAACAAUCCAUUUUCCAUCAUCUGCGAGGCUUGCGGCCACCCCUCCGGCACCAACAACAAUGCAUGCAGGGUUUGUAACCCCUUGGGCAACGCGCCUCCGCAGCAACCGCAGAUCGGCAACGUGCCUCGGAGUUCCGGGCUGAUCAGCGCGGUGCCGGAGCAGCAGCCUUCUUCACGGGCAAGGGAGCAGCAGCCUUCUUUACAGGCUGAGCUUGAAGCGCUGGAUGCAGCGAUGCUGGUGGCGCAGAAUAUUCUGAACAAUCCCUUUUCCAUCAUCUGCGAGGCUUGCGGCCACCCCUCCGGCACCAACAACAAUGCGUGCAGGGUCUGCAACCCCUUGGGCAGCGCGCCUCCGCAGCAACUGCAGAUCGGCAACGUGCCCAACUACGCCGCCGCCGGUGCGCCUCGGGGGGCAGUGGCAGUCCCUACCAGUGAGCAGCAGUUCCUGACUAAUCUGGAUGCGCCGGCGAGACCUAUUUUGGACAACACUUCUUCCAUCUGGCCGGGCCCGAUCUGCGGGGCCUGCGGCGGCCACUCCGGCAGCAACAAUGCGUGUCAGGCUUGCUACAACUACGCGCAGACCAGCAACGCCGGUGCGGCUCAGGUUCAGGCGGCGGUCUCUGCCCGUGUGAAGGCGCUCCAGGAUUGGCUGGCGGCGCAGCUGGCGACGACCGAGCUAGCAAACCGGCCGUCGAACUGCCCGCCACCGCCACCGCCAGGGCAGAGCUAGCUUAUAUCGGCCGUCCAUCCGUUCUUCUCGUUCCUCGUCUCAUGCUAAUUAGGACUGUUACUGCUGAGUGUAUUCUGAUGGUGUAUUCAUUCAAUCCAAUGCUGCUGUAUGUCUUGUGAACUCUGGGAGAAGGCAGCUUAACUGCCGAGCCUUUCUGUAUGUUUUGACAGAACAGAAUGGUUCAAGUGAUGUGGUGAAAUGUGCCGAUUGAUACAUAGUACUUGAGUAGAUCAAUGAAACCAUAUGCCUGUA